GUUUUCUAACUCCUGCAUCAUUAAAAAAAGAAAAAAAAAAAGAUGGCAUGGAUGGGUUGGAUUUCCUUAAAUGAUGGGAUGGGACCACAUGGACAUCAUUUCCCAGCUAUCAACACUAGGGCCGCUUGUGGAAGAAGAGAAGAAAGAAGAAGUGGCAGAGAGCCAGGCAGCUCGGCUCAGCUCGGCUCGGCUCGGCUCAGCUCUGCCUCACAAGCUCCGGGAGCGGCGACAGGCGCGGAAAAAGGUGAUAGAGCUGUCAAUAGAUAAAUCAAACUGGAUUAUUACACUCGCUGACUGGCUGGAUUAUUAUUAAAAAAUAAAAACACAGACAGCACCACCACCACCACACACAGGGUGGAGAAGAGGAGAAGACACCGUCAUGUUGUCUUAGCCGGCACGGAGACGCUUUUUUCCAGCACAAACCGAGGUGUUCCCCUUGUGUGUCAAACAUGUCGGAUAAGAUGUCCAGCUUCCUACACAUUGGGGACAUCUGCUCCCUGUACGCAGAGGGAUCCACCAAUGGUUUCAUCAGCACCCUGGGCUUGGUGGAUGAUCGCUGUGUCGUCCAGCCUGACGCGGGGGACCUCAACAUCCCUCCAAAGAAGUUCAGAGACUGUCUGUUCAGACUGUGUCCCAUGAACCGCUACUCUGCGCAGAAGCAGUUCUGGAAAGCAGCGAAGCCUGGAGGGAACACAGACACGGUGCUCCUCAACAAGCUCCAUCAUGCGGCUGACUUGGAGAAGAAGCAAAAUGACUCUGAAAACAAAAAACUGCUCGGAACAGUGAUUCAGUACGGGACUGUCAUUCAGCUCCUUCACCUGAAGAGCAACAAAUACCUGACGGUGAACAAGCGUCUGCCUGCUCUGUUAGAGAAGAACGCCAUGAGGGUGAUGUUGGACACUGCUGGAAAUGAGGGCUCCUGGUUCUACAUCCAGCCCUUCUACAAACUACGCUCCAUCGGAGACAGCGUGGUGAUCGGGGACAAAGUGGUCCUUAACCCGGUGAACGCUGGUCAACCGCUCCAUGCCAGCACACACCAGCUCGUGGAUAAUCCAGGAUGCAAUGAGGUGAACUCGGUCAACUGUAACACCAGCUGGAAGAUCGUCUUGUUCAUGAAAUGGAGCGACAAUCAGGAGAUCAUCUUAAAAGGGGGCGAUGUGGUACGGUUAUUUCACGCGGAGCAGGAGAAGUUCCUCACGUGUGAUGACCACAGAAAAAAACAAUACGUUUUCCUCCGCACUACUGGACGGCAGUCGGCUACCUCGGCAACCAGCAGCAAAGCCUUAUGGGAGAUAGAGGUUGUGCAGCACGAUCCGUGUCGGGGAGGGGCAGGCUACUGGAACAGCCUGUUCAGGUUCAAACACCUGGCCACUGGACACUACCUGGCUGCAGAGGUUAAUCCAGAGUAUGAAGAAGAGUGCGUGGAGUCCCGCUCACUGGACUCGGAGCAGGAAGCCUUACGGGCCCGUUUGAGAAACGCCCAGGACAAAGUCAUGUACACCCUGGUGUCUGUACCUGAUGGGAAUGAUAUCUCUUCCAUAUUUGAGCUUGACCCCACAACAUUAAGAGGGGGAGACUCGCUGGUACCCAGGAACUCGUAUGUGCGCCUCAGACACCUAUGCACAAACACGUGGGUUCACAGCACCAACCAACCGAUCGACAAGGAGGAGGAGAAACCUGUCAUGCUGCGUAUUGGCACCUCGGCGCUGAAAGAGGACAAAGAAGCUUUUGCCAUUGUGCCCGUCUCCCCGGCUGAAGUGAGAGACCUUGACUUUGCCAAUGAUGCCAGUAAAGUGCUGGCCUCUAUUGCUGGAAAGCUGGAAAAGGGCACCAUCACACAGAAUGAGAGGAGGGCGGUCACCAAGCUUCUGGAGGAUCUGGUCUUCUUUGUGGUGGAUAUUCCCAACAAUGGACAAGAUGUUCUAGAGAUCAUGGUCAACAAACCCAACAGAGAACGACAGAAACUCAUGAGGGAACAGAAUAUUCUCAAGCAGAUCUUCAAGCUGCUGCAGGCUCCGUUCACAGACAGUGGGGACGGACCCAUGCUGCGACUGGAGGAGCUUGCCGACCAGCGUCAUGCCCCCUUCAGACACAUCUGCCGCCUGUGUUAUCGGGUUUUGCGUCACUCUCAGCAAGACUACCGCAAAAACCAGGAGUAUAUAGCCAAACAGUUUCGCUUCAUGCAGAAACAGAUUGGUUAUGAUGUCCUGGCUGAGGACACAAUCACAGCUCUGCUCCAUAACAACCGCAAGCUGCUGGAGAAACACAUCACUGCUGCAGAGAUCGACACCUUUGUUAGCCUUGUCCGCAAGAACCGUGAGCCCAGGUUCCUGGACUACCUGUCAGACUUGUGUGUGUCAAUGAAUAAGUCCAUCCCUGUGACGCAGGAGCUCAUCUGUAACGCAGUGCUGGAUCCAGCUAAUGCAGACAUCCUCAUAGAAACUAAACUUGUGUUGUCGAGAUUUGAGAUCGAGGGUGCACCUCUUGGGGAGAACUCUGUGGAGUCAGAAGAGGACGAGGAGGAGGUGUGGUUGUUCUGGAAAGACAGCAAUAAAGAGAUCCGCAGUAAAAGCAUCAGGGAGCUGGCCCAGGAUGCCAAGGAGGGGCAGAAGGAGGACCAGGAGGUGAUCAGUUAUUACAGGUACCAGUUGAACCUGUUUGCAAGGAUGUGUUUGGACCGUCAGUACUUGGCAAUCAACAAGAUCUCCGGCCAGCUGGAUGUGGACUUGAUCUUGCGAUGCAUGUCCGAUGAAGACCUGCCCUAUGAUCUGCGAGCUUCUUUCUGCCGCAUGAUGCUGCACAUGCAUGUGGAUCGUGAUCCUCAGGAGCAGGUUACACCUGUCAAAUACGCUCGACUCUGGUCUGAGAUCCCCUCAGAGAUCGCCAUUGACGAUUAUGACAAUGAUGGGACAUCUAAAGAUGAAAUUAAGGAGCGAUUCUCUCAGACUAUGGAGUUUGUUGAGAACUACCUGAGAGAUGUGGUCUGUCAGAGCUUCCCUUUUGCAGAUAAAGAGAAGAACAAGCUCACCUUUGAGGUGGUGAAUCUGGCCAGGAACUUGAUUUAUUUUGGCUUCUACAACUUCAGUGACCUGCUGAGACUAACCAAGAUCCUGCUGGCUAUUCUAGACUGUGUCCAUGUGAGCACCAUUUUCCCUUACAACAAGAUGGAAAAAGAAGAUGAGAGUAAAGGCAGUAACGUCAUGAGGUCCAUUCAUGGUGUAGGAGAGCUGAUGUCCCAAGUAGUCCUGAGAGGAGGGGGCUUCCUUCCCGCAACUUUAACCAACAACACAGAUGGAGACACGGUCAAGACCCAGACUGAACCUGAGAAACAGGACAUACUGGUUAUGGACACCAAGCUCAAGAUCAUUGAGAUCCUGCAGUUCAUCUUGAAUGUGCGCCUGGACUACAGGAUUUCAUGUCUGCUGUCUAUAUUCAAGAGGGAGUUUGAUGAAAGUAACUCCCAGAGUGAAUUAUCAGUAACCGGAGCAGUGGAAGGACCGAACAAUAUGCCAGGAGCUUUGGAUUUUGAGCACAUAGAAGAGCAGGCAGAGGGGAUAUUUGGUGGAAGUGAAGAGAACACCCCGCUGGAUCUGGAUGAACACGGUGGCCGUACCUUCUUGAGGGUUCUGCUGCACUUAACCAUGCAUGACUAUCCUCCUCUGGUGUCCAAAGCCCUCCACCUGCUCUUUAGACACUUCAGUCAAAGGCAGGAGGUCUUGCAGGCUUUUAAACAGGUCCAGCUGCUAGUCACCAGCCAAGAUGUGGAAAAUUACAAGCAAAUCAAAUCGGACCUCGACCAGCUGCGCUCUAUCGUAGAGAAGUCUGAGCUCUGGGUGUACAAGAGGCAGGGACCAGAUGAGGGCAUGGACGGAGGAGAGGGGCUCUCCACUGAGCCAGAGCAUAAAAAGGGGGAUUCAGGCGGCACAGACAAACCAAAGAAAGCAGAAAGUACCAGCAGUUACAACUACAGGGUGGUAAAGGAGAUUCUGCUGCGGCUCAGCAAGCUGUGUGUCCAGGAAGGUCUGUCAGGUAGGAAGAGCAAGAAACAGCAACAGAGGCUGCUGAGGAACAUGGGGGCCCACGCCGUUGUCCUGGAGCUCUUGCAAAUCCCCUACGAGAAGGGAGAAGAUUUGCGUAUGCAGGAUAUUAUGAAGCUAGCCCAUCAGUUUCUGCAGAAUUUCUGUGCAGGAAACCAACAGAACCAAGCGCUGCUGCACAAGCACAUCAACCUUUUCCUCAACCCGGGGAUUUUAGAAGCCGUCACCAUGCAGCAUAUCUUCAUGAACAACUUCCAACUGUGCAGUGAGAUCAACGAGCGCGUUGUUCAGCACUUUGUCCACUGCAUCGAAACGCACGGCCGCAACGUGCAGUACCUCAAGUUCCUUCAGACCAUUGUCAAAGCGGAGAAUAAAUUCAUCAAGAAGUGUCAGGACAUCGUCAUGGCAGAGCUGGUGAAUGCCGGCGAAGACGUUCUGGUCUUCUAUAAUGACCGAGCAUCCUUCCAGACGCUGGUCCAGAUGAUGCGAUCGGAGCGGGACCGCAUGGAUGAGAACAGUCCUCUGAUGUACCACAUACACUUAGUAGAGCUCCUGGCUGUCUGCACAGAGGGCAAGAAUGUCUACACGGAGAUCAAGUGUAACUCCCUGUUACCGCUGGAUGACAUCGUGCGGGUGGUGACCCAUGAGGACUGCAUCCCUGAGGUGAAGAUCGCCUAUAUCAACUUCUUGAACCACUGCUAUGUGGACACCGAGGUAGAAAUGAAGGAGAUCUACACGUCCAACCACAUGUGGAAACUAUUUGAGAACUUCCUGGUUGACAUUUGCAGAGUGUGCAACAAUACAAGUGACCGCAAACAUGCAGACACAGUUCUGGAGCGCUAUGUAACGGAGACGGUGAUGAGCAUUGUGACGACUUUCUUCAGCUCCCCAUUCUCUGACCAGAGCACCAGCCUGCAGGCCUCUCUGUUGGGGAAAAUAUUUCAGACCAGGCAACCAGUCUUUGUCCAGCUGUUGCAGGCAGUGUUCAGGGUCUACCAUUGUAACUGGUUGAUCCCAGUGCAGAAGGGCUCUGUUGAGAACUGUAUCAAGGUGCUCUCCGAUGUUGCCAAAGGCAGAGCGAUAGCCAUCCCCGUGGACCUGGACAACCAGGUGAACAACCUGUUUGUGAAAUCCAACAACAUUGUCCAGAAGACAGCCAUGAGCUGGAGACUUUCUGCUCGCAACGCUGCCUGCAGAGACUCCGUGGUGACCGCUUCACGGGACUACAGGAACAUCAUUGAGAGGCUGCAGGACAUUGUGUCAGCUCUCGAGGACCGUCUGCGCCCGCUAGUCCAGGCUGAGUUGUCAGUUCUGGUGGACGUGCUGCAUCGACCCGAGCUUCUAUUUCCUGAAAAUACAGACUCACGCAAGAAGUGUGAGAGUGGAGGUUUUAUAUGCAAACUGAUCAAACAUACCAAGCAGCUGCUGGAGGAAAACGAGGAGAGACUGUGCAUCAAAGUUCUGCAAACACUGCGAGAGAUGAUGACAAAAGAUCGUGGUUAUGGGGAGAAGCUCAGGGCCUUUGAUGAUGAGAUGGAUAUGCCUAAGCAGCUGGAUCAGAACCAGCCUGAGAAGCUGUUGGAGGACCAGAAGAGGGGCGAGGCACUGAGACAGAUUCUGGUGAACCGUUACUAUGGCAACUUUCAUCGAAGUGGUGGGCGUAGGGACAGCUUGACGUCAUUCAGCAAUGGCCCCCUCAGUCCGGUAGGACCCGGCAAAAGCCAAUCAGCAUUAGGGGGCCCUGGGGGGCUGAGUCGAGGGGAAAUGAGCCUGGCAGAGGUGCAGUGUCACCUAGACAAAGAGGGAGCCUCUGACCUGGUCAUUGACCUCAUCAUGAACACCACCAGCGACCGAGUCUUCCAAGAAAGCAUCUUGCUGGCUAUCGCAUUACUGGAAGGUGGAAACACCACCAUACAGCGUUCGUUUUUUUGCCGUCUGACAGAAGACAAAAAAUCUGAAAAGUUCUUCCGGGUCUUUUACGACCGUAUGAAAGUGGCUCAGCUGGAGAUCAAAGCCACGGUGACAGUAAAUACCAGCGACCUGGGAAACAGGAAGAGAGAUGAUGACAGCCAGGACAAAGACGUCCCUGUUCGCAAAAAAGCCAGAGACUCGGCUGUGGUCAUGACGGAGGAUGUGAGAGAACAACUCUUGGAGGCCUCGUCCGCCACCAAGAAGGCCUUCAACUCUUACCGGCGCGAAGCAGACCCCGAGGAACACUUUAACUCAGCCGAUGGCCAGCCCAGCAGCGGGGACAAGAACCAGGACGAGGGAGAAAUGAGUUUCGUGAUCAUUAUCAUGCAGCCCAUCCUCCGCUUCCUCCAGCUACUUUGUGAGAAUCACAACCGCGACCUACAGAACUUCCUUCGCUGUCAAAACAACAAGAACAACUACAACCUCGUGUGCGAGACUCUGCAGUUCUUAGACUGUAUCUGUGGCAGCACCACAGGGGGUCUCGGUCUCCUGGGACUGUACAUUAACGAGAAGAACGUGGCCCUCAUCAACCAGACUCUGGAGAGUCUCACAGAGUACUGCCAAGGUCCCUGCCAUGAAAACCAGAAUUGCAUUGCCACACACGAGUCAAACGGGAUUGAUAUUAUUAUCGCCCUGAUCCUUAAUGACAUCAACCCGCUUGGGAAAAAGCGGAUGGACCUGGUGUUGGAGCUCAAGAACAAUGCAUCCAAGCUGCUGCUCGCCAUCAUGGAGAGCCGUCAUGACAGUGAGAAUGCAGAGAGGAUCCUGUACAAUAUGAGGCCUAAAGAACUGGUGGAGGUGAUAAAGAAGGCCUACCUGCAGGGAGAGGUAGAGUUUGAAGACACGAAAGAGGAGGAGGAUAACGGGGAAGAGGAGGAACAUGAUGCCGCUUCCCCCCGAAAUGUCGGGCACAACAUCUACAUUUUAGCUCACCAGUUGGCGCGUCAUAAUAAGGAGCUGUCCAUAAUGCUAAGGCCAGGAGGGGCCAGCGGAGAGGGAGAUGAGGCCUUGGAGUUCUACGCCAAACACACUGCUCAGAUAGAGAUUGUGCGCCAGGACCGCACCAUGGAGGAGAUAGUGUUCCCAGUGCCCAACAUCUGUGAGUUCCUGACCUCGGAGUCAAAGCUACGAGUCUAUUACACCACGGAGAGAGACGAGCAGGGCAGCAAGAUCAACGACUUCUUUUUGCGAGCGGAGGACCUCUUCAAUGAGAUGAACUGGCAGAAGAAGCUCAGAGCCCAACCGGUGCUGUACUGGUGCUCCAGAAACAUAUCAGUGUGGAGUAACGUUUCCUUUAACCUGGCCGUGCUCAUGAACCUGCUGGUCUGCUUCUUCUACCCACUGGAGGGAGUUCAUGGAGUUGUGCUGGAUCCCCACCUGUCUGCACUGCUAUGGAUGGCGGUCUUGGCAACGCUGGCCAUCGUUAUCAUCAUGCCGCAACCGCUGGGCAUCCGCGCCCUCGUCAUCAUCACCAUCCUGCGUCUCAUAUUCUCCGUUGGCCUGGAGCCGACACUCUUCCUUCUGGGUGCCUUCAAUGCGUGUAAUAAAAUCAUCUUCAUGAUAAGUUUUGUGGGGAACCGAGGAACCUUCACACGAGGCUACAAAGCCAUGGUGUUGGACUUUGAGUUUCUCUACCACCUCAUUUACCUCAUCAUCUGCUGCCUGGGGGUGUUUGUCCAUGUCUUUUUCUACAGUCUGCUGCUGUUCGACCUCGUGUACAGAGAAGAGACCUUGCUGAAUGUGAUCAAGAGCGUGACUCGUAAUGGACGCUCCAUCGUGCUCACCGCUGUGCUCGCCCUCAUCCUCGUCUACCUGUUCUCCAUUGUCGGCUACAUUUUCUUCAAAGACGACUUCAUCCUGGAGGUGGAUCGUAUCCCCAACGCAACUCUGAAAAACGGAGUCAGUCUGGCCAGUGAGUUUCUGUCCACAGGAGUGUGUCAGGGUAGGACUGAUGAGAACUGCACCACAGGAGCUCUGCAGGAAGAACAUGGGAGUAACAAUGAGGAAGACGACGACAUGGAGCGUACGUGCGACUCUCUACUCAUGUGCAUCGUCACUGUGCUGAGUCAUGGCUUGAGAAGUGGAGGUGGUGUUGGGGAUGUUCUCCGCAAGCCUUCCAAAGAGGAGCCGCUAUUUGCAGCCAGAGUGAUAUACGACCUGCUGUUCUUCUUCAUGGUUAUCAUCAUUGUCCUCAACCUCAUCUUUGGUGUUAUCAUCGACACCUUCGCUGACCUGAGGAGUGAAAAACAGAAGAAAGAAGAAGUCCUGAAAACGACCUGCUUCAUCUGUGGCCUGGAGCGGGACAAGUUCGACAACAAGACGGUGACUUUCGAGGAGCACAUCAAAGAGGAGCACAACAUGUGGCACUACCUAUUCUUUAUUGUCCUGGUAAAAGUUAAAGACUCUACCGAAUACACAGGCCCCGAGAGCUACGUGGCAGAAAUGAUCAAGGAGCACAACCUGGACUGGUUCCCUCGGAUGCGUGCCAUGUCACUGGUGAGCAGCGAUGCAGAGGGGGAGCAAAAUGAAAUCAGGAACCUGCAGGAGAAGCUGGAGUCAACCAUGAGGCUGGUGUCCAACCUGUCCGGGCAGCUGACUGAGCUCAAGGAGCAGAUGACAGAACAGAGGAAGCAGAAGCAACGAAUUGGUCUUCUUGGUCAUCCCCCUCACAUGAACAUCAAUCCUCAGCAGCCUGCAUGAGGGCCCCUGGGGGCCAGUUUCACUAGUGCCUGAGCACUCCUGACUGUGUACCACAUGUUAGACAGGAGGAUGCCAAAAUAACGUGUCCGUCUCCAGUAUGUAUGUGCAGUAGGUCGAUGUCUGACUGUAUACUUCACCAGAUGCUCCUACAAUAAGUGUUUCUACGACAUGUGUGCUUCUGAGUGUCUGUUUGAAGUGGAAGUUAUCUGAGUAUGUUACUCACAGUCUGUAGUGUGGAUGUGUCUGUGUUGGGUAGAGAGAGAGCACCAAGUGCCUCGGGACCUGAGGAGCCAGUCCUGUAGGUUUAGGAGAUGGAAAAACACUUUACAACCCUGAAUGCCUUCUGCAUUGUACCAUACUAACAGCAUGCCAAAGUUCAGCCAUUGUUCCUGAGGGAGUAUUCCUCUCAAGUGGCCUUGUAUUGAGGGUUGUCCUCGAUGUUGCACCAGCAAACUCAGGUCACAUGUGGAUUUGAAGGUUUGUUUGAACUCUACGACACAUUAUUUAAUUUUUUUUUUUGCUUUUUGUCAGCAAUAGGCAAUAUGAAGACUUAACGAUAUGCAAUGUCUGAAUGACAAUGAACUAUUUUUGGGAACUGGUAUUUGCUUUUUAUAUUUAAAAUUAUACUAACUUUUAUUUAAAAUAUGAAAGAAAAACAACACCUGUAAACAACUCCGAAGAGGUCAUCACACUUUUACAGAGUUUCUUAAUGCUGAUAUGAAACCUAUACAGUGUUUUGUUUUUAUCUCGAGCUAUCACUUUCAUACUUUUGUUUUUUUCUGUCUCAAAUGAAAGUUAAUUCCAGGACAGAGACUUCUGAGGGGACAUUGAAAUGUCAAAAGAAAUAAUAUUGACCUGUUGGAACCUUUUCUAUAAAUAUUUUUGAAUAAUGAACCACAUAAAACCUACUGAACAGAAAGAGGAAAAUCAUGUUACAGCUUCACUCUGAAGCCGAUUCCAUGUUGUGCUUAAUAACAGAGUCACAGUGUUGAACCAAACUUAUUCGAUCUUUGGGAGAAACGUUAAAAUUUGAUUCAUUAUUCUUCUCUGCACUGAAUUAUUUAAUCUUCCUUUCAUUAAUUUAAUCCUAAAGCACUGAUAUUUUCUGUAGCACACAAAUGAUCGUUACGUUUUUUUUUUUUUUGCUUGGUCACUUUGUAAAAGAUCCACAAGAGAAUGAGUGUUUGAGUGUUUGGGUGUAUGUGAAGGGGAAAAAAAGAAGGACUAAUAGAUGUCAUUUGGAGUGCUGCUUGACCAAACUGAACUUUUAUACUAAUAGUUUGUGUCUGAAUGUACAUUCCAUUCUUGGAGUCUAUUUAAAUAAACAAGUGUGUAAAAUGA